GCAACAUAUGUGUCUAAAAAUAAAUGUGUGGGAUUUCCCGCUUGGCUUUGCGUUCAGUGUUCACAUAGCCAAGUCAGUUGUGUUGCUUGAGGAAAGUCAGGAAAAUGAAGUGCCACAUUGACACACCGGUCAUAAUUUGAUGCAGGGAGUUAGACAUAUUUGAACCGUAACAACACGUGGAUAUAUAGAAGUAGUAGGACGUGUCUUGCAGUGGCACCUGUAUACAAUAUAACCACCCUCGAUCUCCACUGAUUUUGAGCAAGACUUCUACAACUACAAGUUGUGUUUGCCACGAUGUCGGAUGCAGCUAGAUCUGGGUCUGCGUCUGAGCAGGAAGACCCCCCAAACGAAGGAAUGAUGGAUCAAGAAAGCUGGGCUGAGUUCGCUGAGAUGGCAAGGGAAACUCAAGGCGCAGCAUGCGAAAUGGAUUUGGCCCUCGAAGGGGCCCAGGGAGAAGGAUUUGACCAACUGCUCCUCAAGAAGUGCAAGAAAUACCCAGGCCACCACGACUUCAUUCCUCUGCAUGACCUAGAUUUGCAGCGCCUUCCUGAGGGGUAUAGACGCCCAGACAUUCUGGAGUACGUCAAGUGUUUAGCCAAUCGCACCGUGAAACUGAUCGUUCGUUAUACGUCACCAGACAGGCCGGAUGAAUUCGGCUGGACGACCUUGAAAGGAAAGAAGACGCCCCGCUGUGGAAGUGGGGAGGUUUACAUGAGGUACCAACAAGACUCUAAAAGCGAUCAAAUAGAGAUAAUCGUUACCACAGCUGUUCACGUGGUAUAUGAUGAAGAGGAAAUCAAAGAAACAACCGUGGAGUUGUUUUACGACAGAGAUUCAGACAGAUCCAGCGUCAUUCGAGCUAGGGGAGACAGGCAACGGAUGAGGAUGGAAGAAAGGGAUAAGAUGGUGUUUUAUGCUCAGCUCAGUAGACGUCACUUUCCGGAUUUAAAGGAACGUAUUAGACCGUUUAACGUGGAUUUGGGUCCGAUUUCUAACCUUGCUAUCUGCGUGUCGCACCCGCAUGGCGUUGCCAAGAGGGUCACCUUUGGGUCACUGAAAACAAAGAAAGAAUUGGAGGGACUUGAUCUAAAUCCUGGCUUGCGUGAUGACUUUCUUCCGUUUUUGAGUGACAUUGAAACAUCUCUUUUACUAUUCGAAGAAAAGAAAGUUCUCUACUACACUAUGUAUUGCUCUAAGCUCACGAAUACUAUCACUGAAACUUCCCGUCUGGGAAUUUCCCCGUCAGAGCAGAGGAGGAUUAUAAUGAAGCAUCUCGUCAACAAAGGUCUUUUAAAAUGCCCCAGCGACGACGAAGUGAUGGACAUCAAUGAGCAGCUCAAGGACCGUCUAAGAGUGACAACUGAAACAUUCUUGGAGAUGUUUGAAGACAACGAGUACAUUCUGGGAGAGAGUAACCCGGCGACCGCCCCACAAGCUGCCGCAGCAAACAGUGCACCAGAAGCUUCCGAAAACAUCCAAAUCCCUCAGUCGGUUUCUGACCAAACCUUUCAGGACAAUUUCGUCAAGCGACAGUUUGAACUGGAGAGGGAAUUCAGCUCCAAGAGGUUAGAGUUCGAGCUGGAAGGUGGACUUCCCGUCCAAGGUUGGGUUCAAUUCUAUAAUGCCAAGUACUAUCUCCCGACUUGUCCUGGAAGUUCUGGGGCGGCUGUCAUCUGUUGCUUCGAGAUGGAUGGAGAAACACACAAAAUGGCAUUGCCUCACUCCAGAAGUCCGGCCGAUAUAGGCCAAAGCCUGGAUGGAGUGCUGAUAAACCCCUUAGUAAACUUACUUAAGGUGAAGCAGUAACGCUCAUUUCAACCAUGCCCCCCCCCCUUCCCACUAUACAUC